AGGGGUUGACACAGAGAUGUACAGGACAGGACACCCUCAUGCUUGCUCCAUAAACCUCACCACAUUUUGCUUGCCGCAGCUGCUGUGGCGCACACACGGAGCAGAGAGGUGCGCUCUUUCUGUGGUGACUAUGUCGAGUCUGGCACGGGCUUUUUCACACUAAUCAGCGACCAUCGAAGGAAAAAAAGAAAGAAAAGAAAACAGGAAAAAAGAAAAGAAGAAAAAAAAACCGGGAUGUUGUCGCUCUCUCUCUCAGCAAGGUCGGUUUCCACAGAACAGUGAAGACACCGCUCAUUUACCAUGAGCUGUUUGGAUGUUAUGUACCCAGCCUAUGGACAUUACGCACCGUACGCACCGACUGCUCCUGCUUUUAUCAAUAGCUUACAGACUCCCACAGGUCUGAGCACCACUUCUUCUCACUGCCGGGAUUUUAUGGACACUCCCAGGGGUCCUGAGGGGAUGUCUGGGGGCCCAGGCAAUGGAGGAUCAACUUCCUCCUCAUCUUCAUCUAGCUCUUCCUCUUCCUCCUACACGCCGGCGGCUUCAAGGCCGGAGGAGGGCCCCAAGGACAAGCAGGAGGCCCCCGAGGCAGAGUACCUAACUUCUCGCUGUGUUCUCUUCACCUACUACCAGGGAGACAUCAGCAGUGUGGUGGACGAACACUUCUCCAGGGCCCUCAGCUCCUACAUGGAUGGAGAGGGCAAACGGAGGCCGCCAGAUCAACCGGGCGCAGAUACCCCAUCACCUAGCAGCCGACGGAGCUUCCCCCCAUCCUUCUGGGACAGUAACUACUCCUCGCCUCAAAGCCGCUCCCACUGUGAGACAGGGGCACCUUCCUAUUCCAUGGACCCAUACACAUCAGGGCUGCAUCCAGGCCUGCCUCAUCCACACGCUCAUCCUCAUCCACACGCUCAUCCUCACUCCCAUCCUCACCCUCCAGAGAGCUGGGGAUACCAGGCCCAGGCCUAUGGGCCACCGAGGCCUCUCCACGAACUGUAUUCACCCUCAGCUUUGGAGCCUCACUACGGGCCCCUGCUGAUGCCCACGGUGAGGCCACCUCAUCUCCCUACCUUGCCAAGCCACUAUGAAGUGAGUAAACUGGAACCCACUGCCUCCUGGCCCAGCCUGCUUCCUGCAGGAGACGUCAGCCAGACGCUGGCACUCAACAUGGAUGCAGGCCUCCAGCAGCACAAGAAAGGCAAGGAGCUGUACUGGUUCUAACGAGCCCUUCAGUCACAUUGACCAGCCAUUACCAGAUCCAAUUAGUCCCUGGACCUGCUCCGCUAUUGAUGCAGCGUGUCCCUUUAUCCCCCCCCUCCCCCUCCCUCCCCCCCUCACACACACACUGCAUCCCCAUCUAUCCACCCCCCUCUCUCUGCUCCUGGCCUCCCCUGCCAGUAUACAGCCUUGCUCCAGGUCGACGUGUGUGCACCAUGGAGAUAAAGCAGAGAGAGGGAGAGAGAGAAAGAGGGAGAGAGACAGCACAGAGUGUCACCGCUCAUGAUCGGUGCCGUUGUUCUCCCCCUCUCCUCUCUCCUCCGCUCACUCUCUCCUGCCGCUGCCGCUGCAGCACAGACCUUGGCAAGGUGUGAGCCACAGUGUGACCUGUUUGGACUGAGAAAGACAGGAUCACAACAGACUUUCGCAGAGGACAGAGAGAAAGAGGGAUGAACGGAGGGACAGAGGGAUAAAUAGCGGCAAGCAGGGAUUCCCUCCAAAGUCCCUGGUUAUCUCUGUCUCAUGCUCUUUGUUGGUACAGUGGUUGUCAUCAUCCACUUAUCUGCAUUUCACAAAUGCAACAUGCAGCGAUAAACAGAAGCAGCAAUUAUGGCGGUUUAUGCUUUGUGACUGUCAUCAUGUGGCCUUCUUUUUUUUUUUUUUUGGUUAUUAUAUAAUUUUGCUCUCUGAAAUAAAGUGUUUCUAUUUAUUGGUGUUUAUGUGCAUUUCUAAAAAUGUUUGGUUAGGCCAGUGUUCUGAAAUUAUUGUGGUUCAGUUUAUUGUGUUUUCUAAAGACAGAGGAGAUGGAGAUGACCAUACCAUGUGUUGUUGAUGGAGUUUCUCAUCUAUCUAUGACGGAAUCUUUUGCGGAGAAUAAAGAUCAUCUCUCAAAAACAUAUAAAAGAUUGGUUCAGUUCAACGAGAAGUUGUUUGCACUGAACAGACUCACAGAUUGUGUUCAUUCAAUUUGAUGAUGUUGUUCCAUUUUACUUCUUUAUUUCUCUGUCAUUCUUAGAUGUUUUGAAUGUGGACUUUCUAAAUAUUUUUGGGAUGUUUUUUUUUUUUUUUUGUGUGUGUCAUUUCUCAUUUUUGUGUCCAAGAAGAUUGUGAAGUCAAUAAAUAUUUUUAUGGUA